AUGCCAAUUGAGCCACCAUCGAAGCCUCAAGACCAACCAGAAUUCAUCGGUUUCAAUGGAGCCAACAUGGCGAAGAAAAGCAAGGGCAAGAGCUUUGCGCAAAAGGUGCUCCUGGCGCUCUCAGCUCUUCUGCUUGUGGCCGUCUUCAGCUACACCUGGCCGCAGGAGGACGUCCAGACAGUGCAGGAGAUCGUUCCUCAAGUCAGGUCACGGAGCGGCAAGGGCCGCAAGAAGCGACACAAGAAAGCAGAUCAAGAAAGCAGAUCUUCACCCGAGGAAGCAUCGCCCGAGACACCGGGCUCAGAUGGGGCAAUAGGAGCCAAAGAGGAUAACCAGGAGAGCGGCCCAGAGGCUACCCAGCCACCAACACAUGAGGAGCCAAAGCCGCUCCACACAGUUGGUGAGGUGAAGCCCACCUGGAUCUUCUGUGCUGGACAAUGGCAGGAGUGCCUUUGCGGAGGGCGUGUGAAAUGGGGCAACGACGACAAGUGGAAGAUGAUUGAGCUGCCAAAGGACAAAAGCAUCCAGAAAGUUAUAUGCAGCAUAGACGUACUCGGCGACCUCAUUCCAGGCGAUGGUGGCAAGCACUGUCAAUGUGAGGUCACACCAGGGACCGACUUCUACUGGCGCUUGAAUCCAAUGCUCAUGCCUCGUGAGCUGGCUGAUUCUACUGGAUCCAGGCUAAUCUCCUCCUGCGAGAUCUUUGAAGAAGGGCAGGGUACGGUCCCAGGAGGUUUGCAAUGGCGCGCAACCGAGGCGUUUUGCUCAGAAGCUUGGGAGUCUCAAGCAGGACGCAAUCCUGCCCUGAAGCCUGGCACCAAACGAGUGGAGCUGAGCACACUGCAAGAUCUCAUGAAUGUGCGGAUUGACGCUCGAUUCUUGAAGACCUAUGAGCGUCAUAUGGACGACGAUGGCUGGAUCCCUCGUGCCUUUGUGAAUUACUAUGCAGGAGCACCAGAUGGGAAGCACACUCUUAUGAGUGAUGAGCUCAUCCGCUCCGUGCAUUUGUUCUCGAAUGAGCUCAUUGUUGUGUUCCAUUUGGGCAGCUUGACUCCUGACACCUGGACCCCAGAGCGCUAUCCUCGUUUGCUGCUCAUGCAUUUGGCACCCUUGGGGCCCAAAGUUCAGAAGAGUUUCAACUACAACAAGCUUCGUGCUAUGCUCAUCUCUCGUGUUCGUGUUGGGGUGCAGCUGGACUCCGAUCAAUUUGUGGCUCCAGGGGCGGAUUACAUGUUCAACAUGACGGAGCGGGAGAUUACAAGAGAAUAUCCCAUUCCAAUCCUGCCAGUGCACUACUUCAGUUUCACUCAGAGGGAUGCGCCUUCGAACAUCUGGUGGCGCCGCUUUUGCCCCGACCCACCCAAGUGCGAGCUUCACUCCAUGCGAUGGAGUCACGCACAUCCCACUUGGACCUUUUGGGCUUUGCCAUGGAUAGGAAAGUGGCUCCGGCGUCACUUCCGUGAUGAAGAGCUCACGAUGGCAGGGGAGAAGGGCGCUUUGCGGAUAGCUGACAUCCCCGAGGACGAGGACAUGCUCAACGUAGCUGCCUGGGAGGACAAGGUGACGAAGCAGUGGUGCAAGUUUGACAACGAUCGAACAGAGUUUGAAGAGCUGAUCAAAUGGGAUCCUUCAAUGGGCACGAAGUGUCCACCCGGCACUGGCUGUUCCAACAUCAUGGCAGACUCGCGAUUCUACCCCAAGGGCGCCGCAAAGGCGCACUUCACUGCGCACAACGCCAAGGACCCCAAGGAGACAGCUAGGUGGAUCGACCGAAUCCAUGCUCGUUACAAGAAGGGCCUCUAUCCCACCAAAGUUAUUGUCUAUCAGGCCAGGGGAGAUGAUGGCCUUAGAAGACAUCACGCUUUGGGGUAUCCAAUUCAAUCAAGAGAAGAGAAGAGAAGCACUUUGUUUGUUUAUAUAGUGUUUGUUGGUCCUGGCAGUUGGCGAAAGAUGCAUGACUUUGAAUCUUUGUAG